GAAAAACAUCCAUGGAGGAACGCAUGUCAACCGGCUGACAGGUCAGACUAUACAGCCUGUGGGUCAGAGACACUACACACAACAACAGAGUGUAGUAGUGAUGAAAAGCUAAGUUUUUAAGUAGUUUCUUAUAGAUAGCUCAGUCAUGUCCGGAGCGUUAGCAAGGCUGCUCUUCUACCCGACUUUAGCCUACAAUGUUGUCAUGGAGAAGGUGUCGUCGAGGCGGUGGUUUGACCGAGUGGACGAGACGGUGGUCCUGGGAGCUCUGCCGUUCAGAUCCAUGACUAAACAGCUGGUAGAAACAGAAAAUGUUCGAGGGGUCAUCACCAUGAAUGAGAAGUAUGAGACUAAAUAUUUCUGCAACUCAGCCGAGGAGUGGCGGGCUGCAGGGGUUGAGCAGCUGAGGCUGAGCACUGUUGACCUCACUGGCGUCCCCAGCCUGGAGAACCUGCACCGAGGAGUGGACUUUGCCCUGCAGCACCGGGAGCAGGGAACAAGCGUGUACAUCCACUGUAAGGCGGGACGCUCCCGCAGCGCCACACUGGCUGCUGCUUACCUCAUCCGGUUACACUGCUGGACUCCAGAGGAGGCCUGUCAGAAGCUGGCAUCUGUUCGACCCCACAUCCUGGUGCGUGCUGCUCAGGUGGAGAUGCUGAGGAAAUACUACCAGCAGGUGUGUGGGCAGUCCAGCUGAGAGUGCAGGGGUCGCAACGGGUCGGAAUUCAUUAUGUUCCCAGAGGCAGAAAGACUGGACUCUGAGCCUUGUUUAAAGCCACAAAGACAUGAAACGUGCCUGUGGUUGUAUCAACCAAUCCUCCAUAUCAUAAUGUACACCCACUGAAGAAUAAAUGCCAAAUUUCCCCUCUACCCCACCCAUGUUUUUAAAAGCAAAUUUAAAGGCUUUUAUUGGCAAAUUAAAGAUUUUAGUGGUUAAUUCAUGAAACAGACAGUCAGCACUAUCAUGGAUUAUAUGUGUAACCCACAUUUCAUAAAACCUGUGGCUUCAAACUGACAGUGUCAACAUGGAACAGUGACCAAAAACAUCUAUUCUACAAAUCCCUCACUCUCUGGUUUUAGUACAUGGAGCUAAAACCUAUUCAUUUCUAAAAUAUAUGAAAAUCUGAAUUAUUUUAAAAGAAUGUAAACACAUCUUGUUUCAACCAAAAAUUAUUCCAAUCCAACAUUGCAAUGCAGUUUGCUUCUGACUUUUGUAAUAAAAACAUAAAAAACCCAA